CCGUUGAUCUACCGCGGCCAAAAUUUCGGUAACUCAACAUUUUAUGAUAUCAUAUCUGAACAAAAAAUGACACCAUCUUCUCGGUUAGCGGUGACAUUGCAUUUUUGAGUGACUAUUCAUGAUAAAAGGCUUGCUUCUAACUGGGGGCGAGCUGCUGUCAGUAGAUUUACAAAGACACCAGAAGAGAUUCAAGCGGAAAUUAUCAGAGCAUUGGAAGGAAAACUGUCUGUCGAAUUCAAGGAUUAUUCACAGUGGCAAAGAGUGCCAUUACCUCAGCCACCAUUACUCCCACCCCAGAAAACUGUUGUCAAGACAAAGCCAAAGAAAACUUCGUUACCGAGGCCAUUGACUGAAAUUACAAACAAAUUUGAGAAAUUUGUUGUCAGACAGAAGAUUGAUGAGAAACGAUGUCGCUUUAUAGUUUGAUAGAAAAACUCAGCAUUACAGGAUCGAUUGCAGAAAUACAAGACAGAACUUUAGCGAGAUAUAGAAGCAGAACUGAUAGUAUUUCUGCCUCAGAAACUUAUACCGUCUCUACUGGUGUGAGUGGAACAAGUUGUUCUUCGUUAUGUUUGCAUCCAUGGAAUAAACGACUGACUCCUGUUGAUCAUACUGCUGAAAUAGAGAGCAAAGAGAGAAUUGCAAUCCUGACGUUACAAAUUGAUGCCAAGAAAAAAUCAGUGCACCAGUAUAGAGAAUUGUGUGAUUUACUAUCAAAACAAAAUCAAUCAUUACAAGCUGAAAUUGACAAAGUUUCAUCCAAUGCACAUAAAACUGUUACUCAAUUGCUUGAAAAAUAUGAAGAGUACAGCGGUGCUUCAAAAGCUCUUCGAAGAGCUCAUAUUGAAGAUGAAAUACAAGCCCAACGAGAUUUGGAUAUUACGUCAGAACAGCUCAGUGACGAGAGAUCCAAUUUGGAAAAUGAGGUUUUAAAUCUUGACACGCAACUCAAAGAUCUUCAACAAGAUUUGCAGGUAUUAAGGACUUACAAAGACAAGGAAUAUCCAGUUAAAUCCAUGCAAAUAUCAAAAUUAAGAAAAAGUGUUGUUAAUGUUGCGCAAGAGCAAAAGAAUGAACGUCAUGAGUUGGAACGAAUAACUGCAGGCGAAAGCGUCAAGUUACGUAAUAGUAGGGAGACGAGAAUAAAGGAUAUAAUGGAAAGUGCUGCAGAGACUGCUUUUGUAAAGAUGGUACCGGCCGGAUUGCAACACAUGGCCUGGCAUAAUACAGUUUUAAAGCUUGAAAUUGAAGAACAAAGAAGGGGUGUCCUAGAUUGUGAAGAUGAAAUUUAUGGGUUGAAAAAAGAAAUUAAAGAAUUGAAAAGAGCCCCACAAUCUUAUGUACGACCGUUCGUUUUUCCGGAAGCCUUUUUGCCAAAGAAAAUAUGCGCACCAGACGAGGAUAUUAUUCUUGACAUUCCUACUCAACAAUUACUGCCAUUGUGAAUAUAUUUUACUCAAAUUCUAACAAAUACUGUGCUAAUUUAUAUAGUUGCAACAUUUUCUUCAUUAUUAAUAAACCUGUCUAUAUUUCGCAGUAAUAAAUUCUGUUCUGUA